AUUGAGCAUAACGCUCAUGCUUUCAGGGAAACGAAAGGAAUUUUUUGUAAUGUCUGUCGAGCUGAGAGCUUUUCUGGUGCUGCUGCUGAGUAUAAGUUUAUAGACUUGAGCCUGCUGUUUGUUUAUAAACGCCCUUCUAGAUGACAGAGAUGGGACGUGGUCUUUUGACUUUUCUUCUUCUGACUGGUAGUCUAUUACAGUGUCACUGUAAGCCCCAUGGCUACAGGAGUAAAUCAUUUAAAGAAGUAUCCAAGACAGUAUUAAGUUAUUCUGGCAUUGCCCAGAAAAUCAUAGACCUGGCAGUGUACGGGAAGGCUCAGAACCGCUCAUAUGAACGACUUGCAGCUUUCACGGAUACAGUGGGAAACCGAGUGAGUGGGUCCAGGAAUCUAGACCUGGCUAUCAAGUACAUGUACAAUGCUUUGUGGCUGGAUGGGCUGGAGAAUGUUCAUCUAGAACCAGUGAAGGUUCCUCACUGGGUAAGAGGACAGGAGAGUGCAGUGAUGGUCCUUCCACGAAAACACACCUUGUCAAUCCUUGGGUUGGGGAGUAGUGUUGGAACCCCCAAAGGAGGCAUUGAAGCUGAAGUGUUGGUGGUGGAGUCUUUUGAUGACCUGAAAAGAAGGGCGAGUGAGGCUAAGGGGAAGAUUGUGGUGUAUAAUCAGCCUUUUGUUAGCUAUGGGGAGACGGUGGCAUAUCGUACUUCGGGAGCUUCAGAGGCAGCUAAAGUUGGAGCAGUGGCUUCACUCAUUCGCUCGAUCACUCCAUUUUCCCUCAACAGCCCCCACACUGGGUGGCAGUGGUACCAGCCUGGUGUACCUCAGAUCCCCACAGCCUGUAUUACAAUGGAAGAUGCCCUGAUGAUGGCCAGGAUGGCAUGCAGAGGCACAAAAAUUGUGGUGAACUUAACUAUGGAGGCUCAGACCCUUGAAGAUGUGGACUCCUUCAACACAGUGGCCGAGAUAAAAGGCAGUGAGCACCCAGAGCAAGUUGUUUUGCUGAGUGGCCAUCUGGACAGUUGGGAUGUAGGACAGGGGGCUAUGGAUGAUGGAGGUGGAGUGGCUAUUUCUUGGGAAGCCUUGUCUCUCAUCAAAGACCUGGGGCUGCGUCCUAAGAGGACACUGAGGGUUGUGCUGUGGUCUGCUGAGGAAGCAGGGGGAGUAGGAGCUAUGCAGUACUACCAACAGCACAAAGUAAACAUUUCAAACUUUGACAUGGUGAUGGAGUCUGAUAUGGGCACAUUUGCCCCAGUUGGACUGCAGUUCACUGGCAGUGACAAAGCCAGAGCCAUCAUGAAGGAAGUAAUGAAACUGCUGGCACCCAUCAAUGUAACAUCCCUGGAGAAACAUGGAGAAGGAACUGAUAUAAACAUGUGGAUGCAGGCUGGAGUACCAGGUGCCAGCCUGCAUACAGCAGACAGCAAGUACUUCUGGUUCCACCACACUGAGGCUGACACAAUGACCGUGCAGAACCCAGCUGAGAUGAAUCUGUGUUCAGCUGUGUGGGCUGUGGUGUCGUAUGUUGUGGCAGACCUUGAUGAAAUGCUUCCCAGAUAACAGUUCUUAAAUUUAUCAUUGGGCAUUUCCUCUUGCCCACCAUAACAGACGGGAAUACCUGACCAAAAGGAAUUAUUUUAUUUAGGCUUUUGGAAUUUGCAUUUAAUUUUUAUGGCACAGAUUUUACAACCCCAGUUCCAAAAAAGUUGGGUCACUGUGUAAAACAGAAUAUGAAGAUUUGCAAAUCAUGGAAACCCUAUAUUUCAUUGAAAAUAAUGCAAAGACAACAUAUCAAAUGUUGAAACUGAGAAAUUUUGGUUUUUGAAAAAUAUAUGCUCAUUUUUACGCGUGUGUGUGUGUGUGUGUGUGUGUGUGUGUGUGUGUGUGUGUGUGUGUGUGUGUGUGUGUGUAGAAUUUGGUUAGCUGACCACAGGAGUAGACUAAUUCUGUGAACUGUGCUUUAGUUUUCUCCUGGAAAAAAUGACAAUCUUACAAUACACAAUUCCAUAUUUAGGCAUAUAAUUAUGUUGGUUGUCAUCAGGGCUGGUUUACAUUGAAAUAUGUGAUGUCUUGGAUUACGUGACUGCUGCUGUUCCUUAUUAGGGUUGGUUACAGGAAACCACCUUUCAAAACAAGUAAAGCUAAUUGGAAAGAGAUCGAACUGCCAUAACUCUUGUGUUUAUACAGUACUGUGCAUAAGUCUUAAUCACCUUUUUUUUUUUAGUACAAACGUUUAUAGAUUUUUAUUUUAUGACGUCUACGUUGAAUCAGUACACCAUUUUUAGAUUCCCAAAUAUUAGUUUUCCAGCAAAAAAAAAAGUUACAAAUGUUACAGAAAAAUAUUUGUAUGUCUAUAAAGCAGCAUAUUACAUGAGACCACUUUUCAGACAAAAAACAAACAAACAAACAAAAAAACAUAUAAUGAAGUCUUCUGGGUUUUGCUGAAAAAAAUAAGAAGCAAGUGUGACAGUCAAAGCCUCCAGCAGAACUUUGGCUUGUUCUGCAAGAUGCUAAGUAAAACAUGUUCGCUAAUUUCUUUAUAAAACUAAACAACUUGUACCUGAGACUAAUAUUUUCUUUCUUUUUUUUAGAGCAAAUAUUGACUUUAUUUCAUUGAUUGCUGUUUACUGCUCUUUAUAGUUUCUUAAAUGUAGAAGCAUUGAAUCUCAUUAUUUUUAAAUAUUUUUAUUUCUCAUUAUUAUUUUUAUUUUAUUUACAGUAUUUCUUUGCAUGUGACAGAGUCUUUAAGAUGUAACCUAAUUUCAUAGCAAGUUUAUUGUCCCCCAAUGAAUUCAGUAGGUGUGGGGUGUUGUGUGGGGUUUUUGUUGUUGUUGUUUUUUGCAUUUCACUCAUUGACAUUCAGUAACCACUUUACCCUGAUCAGGGUUGUGGUGGGUCCACAGCGUAUCUUGAUCAUAUUGAAUGUAAGGUGAGAGAAUUCACCCCAAUGGUAAGCUGGUCCAUCGUACACCACCAUUUACACAUUCUUUCACACCUAGGGCUGUUUACCUUGGCUCAGGAUUGAACACUGGAGCUGUGAUACGGUAAUUCUUUUUACUCUGCCACCAUGCUGACCACAUUCUAUUUUGCUUGGGUUUAAUAAAAUAUUUAUCAAA